CACAGUGUUGCUGCACCUCCACGGAAGUAUGUGUGUGCUCAGGGUAAAAGAGCGAUUGUAAGUGGGUAUCCCUCUGAAGUUUAGCAAUACACAUCCCCAGCUUGAUAGGGAGGUUAUGACACAUUGUCCAUCUGUGUCCCAAAGUGACAGGAGCCAUGAAGCUUCGGCUGCACUUUGUGAUGGACCCCAUGGGCUGGUUCUGCACCAGUAUGGUUUUCGCCAUCUGGCUCUACAACUCCUUCUUCGUCCCCAAGUUGGUGCUACUGCCCCAUUUCUAUGAGGGGAAUAUCCCUUGGGCCUUGGUUGUCAGUUACUACUUAGCAUCAGCCCUCUGUAUGGCUGCACUUUUUAGAGCUUCUACAGCAGAUCCUGGCCGACUCCCACCCGACCCUCACAUCCCUCACUCAGAGCGAGAGCAGUGGGAAAUGUGUACCAAGUGCAACAUGAGGAGACCAAAAAGGUCCCACCACUGCAGCCGUUGUGGCCAUUGUGUACGUAGAAUGGACCACCACUGUCCAUGGAUCAAUAAUUGUGUAGGGGAGGACAACCACUGGCUCUUCUUGCAACUCUGUUUUUAUACACAGGUCCUCAGUUUGUUCACCCUGGUUCUAGACUUCUGCCAGUUCUAUUACUUCCAGCCCUUGACCACAUUGGACCAGGAGGCAUUCAUGGCACGUCAUGAGCUCGCCCUGAUCCGUGUGUCUGCGAUCAUGGGUCUGGUGAUGAUCGGAGGCAUGAGCAGCCUCUUCUAUACUCAGAUGGCUGGCAUCCUGACAGACACCACCACCAUUGAGAAAAUGUCUCACUUCUCAAAUGAAAUAGGUGGGUCUGGUGGUGGGUCAAAGAAAUCCUGGCAGCGGACUCUGGCCGAGGUGUUUGGCACUACCUGGAAAAUCCUGUGGUUCAUCCCGUUGAGGAGCAGGCAACCACUGACCUUUCCCCACCACUUCCGCAGUCAUGUGUAGAUAAGUGGAGCUCUGUCCCACUUCAGUCCAGACGGUAGGCUGCCAUCUCCGACAGAGAAUACACUAUGCACACUCUCAGCACCCCCCACCUGCCUUCACCUCCCUGUUUUGUGCCAGCUAAGCUGGUUGGUAGUAUUGGUUGGCCAGUGGAUACCUUUUCGUCUUUUCCUAAAGGAAUCACAUUGAAAGUGCUUGAACUGGGUCACAAACUUCUGCCACAGUCGAGAGACAUUUUACCAAGUGCAACCUAAUGCCCUCCCUUAUACUUAAUACUAGGGGCUCCAUUGUUCUCUGUUGUUACAUUGAGGGAACCACUUUAAGGGGAAAUUGUUUUUUAAAGGAAACUUUGACAAAAGGGAAAUCCCUAAGAACUACAAGUUGAUUGUAGGGCCAUGUAGACCUUCAAACGAUGCUAACUCUAACUCAAUAGCCAAUAGACAGCCAAUUAAAAAAUAUAUAUAAUUUGUGCCUUCUUCUUGGGACUUAUGGUCCAUUCAUGUGUCAUAAAUCAACAGUUUCUGCUGUUGUCUGGUGGGCUGUGGCCUGUUGUUUUCAAGAUAAAAAAUGAAAUUUUUUAGUCAAUCUCCCAAGUGGUUUGUAUACUUGCCUUUUACAGAAGGCUAUACAAGUAAUUAUUUUGGUUAGAAGUUGGAUAUCAAGUGGUGGGCAAAUUGGUUUGUGGAUUGCUAUAAAAAAGAGUAGUUCCAUGAUUGAACUGCAUUCCAUAAUGAUAUUGUAAAAGAGUUCCUCUGCGUGACUUUUUUACCCAUAUUUUUUAAAGAAUGUGUUAUGAUGCUCCUACCAAAAAGAAAUGCCACUAGUAACACCUGAUUUGAACGAUGUUAUAAUGCCUCGUACAGAAGGUAAACUUAAAGUUGCCAUGAAACUCAUUAUGUGUCGCAUCUUUGAUAAUUGCUCCAUGAACUUUUUUAUGAAGGGUUUGAAGGAGAAUUUACUCACCUGGCUAAAUAAAGUUAUAUUAUAUUCUAUUAUUAUUAUAUUAUGCGCUGAAACACAAGGUUUAGUGUACCACAGAUCAGGGGUGCAACUUCCACUGGGGACGGGGGGGGGGACAUACCACCCCCCCGACACAUACUGAAGUUGCAUUUUCCCCCCCCCCCAUUUUAUAAUUGGAAUGUGAUACAAAACGAGGUAACGGUGGGCUUUAGGACCGUGCGACGCCUCCGAGCGGUCGGAUCGGUUGUUUGGAGUGUUUAUCAUACCUCAUUUUUUUUAUUUUUAUCUAAUAAUAAUAAUGUCCCCCCACUUCUAAAACCCAACGUUGUGCCCAUGCCACAGAAAUAUGGUAGAGACCGGCAAUGAAGGAGACCUUUGCUUGCAACAUGACUGUCUGUCAUGCAUCAUUUUUCCAUAAACUAGCGUGACGCCUAAUAAUAUCUAUAAUGUCAUCCUUAUGACAGUGUUACGCAGGCCUUAUGACAGUUACGCAGGCCUUAUGACAGUUACGCGGGCCUUAUGACAGUUACGCAGGCCUUAUGAUAGUAUUAUGCAGGCCUUAUGACAGGGUUCAAGUAAAGCGUUACCCAAAUAUCUUACUGUCAAAGUUGGUAGUUGAAUUUCUUAGCCGUCGCAACUCAGUUGCACUGUUUGUUUCUGUAGUUCAGUUGGUAGAGCAUGGCACUUGCAAUGCCAGGAUAGUGGGUACAAUUCCCGGGACACCCGUACGUAAAAUGUAUGCACGCAUGACUGUAAGUCACUUUGGAUUAGGCGUCUGCUAACUGGUAUAUAUUUUAUUUAUUAUAUAGUAUAAAUAAAUAAAAAAGUACAAAUGUGUGCACUAUUCACAUACUGUACCUUACAAAAUUGGUUGAUAGAUAGCUAAUUACGUAUCGAGCUACAGGGCUUUAACAACCAACUAUGACUUAUUUUGUAUCAACAGUGGUAACCGUGUCUUUAUCUUCCACUUUCAUUACCAUCAAUUAGACAAACAUCACAGAGUCUUUGUUCAUCCAUUUUAAAAACAUUUUUGCUUCUUGCUUUUUCAAACCUCCACACUGCCUAAAGCCAAAUGAUUUAACCUUACCAAUGACCACAGACUAAGACUAAAAAUGUCACAAUGAACUGUAUCAACAUUAAUUUCAGGGUAUACCAAAUAGAUGUAUUUAUAUUUAUCUGCUGUUGUACACUUGGUUGUAACAUUGUUCAUAAAUCCUCCUCCUACUAAAUAUACACUGAUAUACUGUACCUCUGUGUAUUUUUUUGUACACAUUCCACUUUAUUUUUCUACUCAAGUUUUCUUUUGUUUUUAUGUACAUGUUUUCAUGACUGUUGAGUCGAUUUACUUUUGAUAAUUUGAAUGUAUGAUACUAACUUUGAGUUUUCUGAACCUAGUGUGACUUAAUUAACCCUAUCAGUCCCGAGACCCCAGCAAAAAUUUGAUUUAAAUGUAUCUGCAUGUACAACCCUUAUGUUAUCAGGGCUACAAGUAGAAAACAAAACUAUUUGACAUAAAUAGUUGCAUUCAUGAGUUUUAUUGACAAAUGUAAAAAAAUAAAUGAUAAUAAUCAUCCAAAGCAAAAAGCUGAUAUAAAUGAAUGUAUAUGAACACUGUAAGUGCAGAAAUUGUUUGCUUACUGGGAAAUUAAUAUCCAACUCAUCAGUGACAACUCUUUGGAGUUUGAUAGCAACUAUGAGCUUGUUACAGUAGUAUAGACACUAUGCCCUGGGAUUUCCUAUGAUCUUCUAUGUAGAAGAACCCCUUAGCUUCUAAUGACUCUUGUGUAACAUGUGGGCAUCACAGAGCAAAACAUUUUACACGUGCGUGUUUGUAAGAGUUUUGGCUUUUCAUGGGCAGCUUUCAAUCGUUUUUAUAGCUCAAACUAUUCGGACUCAUUUUUGUAAAAAGAACCGGUCCGAGCCCCCUCGGGAUCCGCCCUUGUCUCACAACACAGCUCUAGUCAGCCCCUGUUAAUCACACAGACUUCUGGUAUCUACGGAUGCAGAAGAAAUAGAUUAAACCAAUGGUGAAACCCAGAAGUCUGUAGCUCAAACACAAUAUGUUUAAAAGGGUCUAGAAGUCCAAAACGCCCCGGGCUUUACGGUGGGACUCAUUAGGUUAGUGGAAUCUCAGAACACUGUUUAUGUUAGUAUCAAGACAUUGAUUGAUGUUGACUUGUUUUCAUGUUAAUUGUGAGGACAGCUGCUGUCAAUUGUCUGUCAUACUUGUAGUUUCUUUGAUUGUUCGUAAAUGGUAGUGGACACUGAAUUCUUUCUUUUUUAUAACAAUAUUGUCUUUCAUUUUAAUUUCCUGGUUGGCAUUGUGUUGAUUUGUAUGUUUUAUACUUCAUACUUUCUUCAUCAUAUAGUAUGCAUUAUAUAUAGGAUAAGGGGAAUGUUAAUGUUGCAUUAAUGCAAAGUACAUGUUUUUCGUUUACACUUGAAGUAUCUGUCAAUGCAUUGCACAUCACCAAUAGGAGUUCUACCAACAACUGUCUUGAACCAUAGAUGUAUUUAAAAAAAAAUAUUUGUUAACACUGCAACUGUUGCUUACAGAAUCACCAACCUACUUUGGCGUCUAACAAGGGCCUUUUGUGAGGAUCUGUAUCCUCACUAUGUCCCACAGGGCUCAGUGCUGAGUCCCCUGCUGUUCUCCAUGUACAGUGCCUUCAGAAAGUAUCACACCCCGGGACUUUACAAAGUGGGAUUCAAUAAUUGUCUUUUUUUUUGUCAACGAUCUACACAAAAUACUCUGUCAAACUGGGGGAAAAAGUAUACCAUUUGUAUAAAUAAAAAAAUUGAUAUAUAAUAGAAAAUAAUAAUAAAACUGUAAUAUCUUGCUUAGAUAAGUAUUCAACCCCCUGAGUUAAUACAUGUUAGAAUCACCUUUGUCAUUGAUUACAGCUGUGAGUCCUUCUGGGUAAGUCUCUUAGAGCUUUCCACACCUUGAUUCUGCAACAUUUGCCCAUUUUGUUAUUUUCAAAAUUCUUUAAGCACUGUCAAAUUAGUUAUUGAUCAUUGCUUGACAACCAUUUUCAGGUCUUGCCAUAAAUUUUACUACAGAUUUAAGUCAAAACUGUAACUCAGCCACUCAGGAACAUUCACUGUCUAUUUGGUAAACAACUCCAGAGUAGAUUUGGGCUUGUGUUUUAGAUUAUUGUCCUGCAAAAAGGUGAAUUCAUCUCCCAGUGUCUGGUGGAAAGCAGACUGAACCAGGUUUUCCUCUAGGAUUUUGCCUGUGCUUAGCUCCAUCCCCAUUUCUUUUUUUAUAUUGAAAAACUCCCCAGUCCUUAACCAUUACAAGCAUACCCAUAACAUGAUGCAGCCACCAUUAUGCUUGAACAUAUGGAUACUGGUUCUCAGUAAUGCGUUGUAUUGGAUUUGUCCCAAACAUAACACUUUUUGUUCAGGACAAAAAGUUAAUUGCUUUGCCAAAUGUUAUGCACUGUUACUUUAGUGCCUUGUUAAAACCAGAUGCAUGUUUUGAAAUCUUUUUUUAUUCUGAGCAGGCUUCCUUCUUUUCACUCUUUAAAUUAGGUAAGUAUUGUGGAGUAACUACAAUGUUGUUGAUCCAUCCUCAGUUUUCUCCCAUCACAGCCAUUAAACUCUGUAACUGUUUUGAAGUCACCAUUGGCCUCUUGGUGAAAUCCCUGAGCGUUUUCCUUCAUCUCCAGCAACUGAGUUAGGAAGGCCGCCUGUAUCUUUGUAGUGACUGGGUGUAUUGAUACACCAUCCAAAGUGUAAUUAAUAACUUCAUCAUGCUCAAUGUCUAUUAUUUUUGUAGUUAUUUUUACCCAUCUACCACUAGGUGCCCUUCUUUGUGAGGCAUUGGUAAACCUCCCUGGUCUUUGUGGUUUAAUCUGUGUUUGAAAUGUACUGCUCGACUGAGGGAUCCUACAGAUAAUUGUAUGUGUGUGCGACGGAGAUGAGGUAGUCAAUGAAAAAAAUUAUAAUAAUGUUAACCACUUAUUACACACAAUGAGUCCAUGCAUCUUAUGUCCCUUGUUAAGCACACAUUUACUCCUGAACUUAUUUAGGCUUUAGGUAUUCAACAAAGGGGUUGAAUACUUAUUGACUGAAGACAUUUGGUCCCGUGUGGCUCAGUUGGUAGAGCAUGGCGCUUGCAACGCCAGGGUUGUGGGUUCAAUUCCCACGGGGGGACCAGGAUGAAUAUGUAUGAACUUUCCAAAUUUGUAAGUCGCUCUGGAUAAGAGCGUCUGCUAAAUGACUUAAAUGUAAUGUAAAUGUAAUUUCAGCUUUAGAUUUUUUAUUAAUUUGUAAACAUUUCAAGAAGCAGAAUUCCACUUUGACAUUAUGGGGUGUAGUGUGUAGGCCAGUAACACAAAAUCUAAAUGUAAUCCAUUUUAAAACCAGGCUGUAACACAACAAAAUGUGGAAAAAGUAGGGGGUGUGAAUACUUUCUGAAGUCACUGUAGGGGCCAAUUCUGACCAAACCCUCCCCCCUAACUUAAUCACUUGUGAUGGUGUGUUGUCUUAUGUCAUGUAAUGUACCAGUUCUGCUGUAGUCAUUGGACUUCCUACUACUGCACUCCAUUAUGUGCCUUGAUGUUGAGAUUUUGCACUUUUUAUUUUGUUUUGGUAAGGAAAUUGGCAUUAACAUUUGCCAUUGACAUGGAUCUACUUAAAUGUUUUAUUUUAUUUUGUUGUUUAACCUCCUUAUUAGAAUCAACUUUUAAUAACUUGCUCUAGAUAAGAGUACCUCCGCCUGAAUGACUAAAAUGUAGGAAAAACUAGCAAGGAGAGACCACGUUAAGUCUAUUGUAGUUUAAAAUCGAAUUUAAUUGGCAUAGAUGAGUCACGCACGUUCAAAGAUAAACAUUUACACAUUGUUUGCUGCUCUUAUAUUUAAAAAAUAAGCUGUAAUAUUCCACGGUUAGAGAUUUCAGCUUGAAGGACCAAAGUUGUGCUGACUCGUACGUUUUGUUAUUUGAUUCUCAUUAGGCCUUUUGUGCGGCAACAACUUUUGUUUCUCAGUGUAAUUAGGGAGAAUGCAUGUGUUGUGCAUAUAGCAUUUCUAUCUUCCUGACUGUUGUGUAAUGAAUUGGACUCUAACCGGACAUCAAGACAUACACUUGGGGGAUGUAUUAGAAUUUAUAGAGGCUUGAAGCUUAAUAAGCUUUUGUCCUCAAGAGGUUGCAAUAAGCUGGAAUUGAGUUUAACUGUAUCUCAAUUACUCUACUCAAUGCUGAUGUCUCCAUACACAACAUAAUAUAUAUAUAUUUAAAGGAAAUGUCUCUAAGAUGUUGAUGGGCCACCUAUACGCCAUUACAGUUUUUUUUAUUGCACUCAUACAUAUACUGAACAAAAAUAUAAAUGCAACAAUUUCAACGAUUUUACUGAGUUACAGUUCAUAUAGGGAAAUCAGUCAAUUGAAGUUAAUUAAUUAGGCCCUAAUCUAUGGAUUUCACAUGACUGGGCCGGGGCGCAGCCAUGGGUAGGCCUGGGAGGGUAUAGGCCCACCCACUUGGGAGCCAGGCCCAACCAAUCAGAAUUAGUUUUGCCCACAAAAGGGCUUUAUUACAAACAGAAAUACUCCUCAGUUUCAUCAGCUGUCCGGUUGACUGGUCUCCGACAAUCCCGCAGGUGAAGAAGCCGGAUGUGGAGGUACUGGGCUGGCGUGGUUACACAUGAUCUGCGGUUGUGAGGCCGGUUGGACGUACUGCCAAAUUCUCUAGAGAAAUUAACAUUCAGUUCUUUGGCAACAGCUCUGGUGGACAUUCCUGCAGCCAGCAUACCAAUUGCACGCUCCCUGAACACUUGAGACAUCUGUGGCUUUGUGUUUUGUGACAAAACUGCACAUUUUAGAGUGGCCUUUUAUUAUCCCCAAAAGUUUUUUUUUAAUUGUUGAGUUCAAAUAUCUUUUGGGAACAUGUAAGGAGAGAAAUAAUGUGAAGUUAAUGUACAAAUCUUGAAUAUUAAUUUAUCUGGGUUAUAAUAUAUACAUUUUAUUUUACCAUAUGUUUUAAUCAUGGGGAAUAUAAAUGCUGCCAAGAGUUAUUAUCAUGUAUUAAAUAAAUGGUGUAACAAAGUUCUGAAA